GGCCGUCGUUGCUGUUAGUAUUUUACUAUCGCUGUGUGUGUGCGUGCCCCCAAUUCCUCCCCAGUUUCAGAAGUAUUCUCGCUAUUAAUUUCUUAUUUUAUAUAUAUAUAUUGAUACAGUGCAUAUAUUUAUUCCAGUGAACCUAUAAUAAUAAUGUAUCACAAUAACAACUAUGGAUAUAACAAUCAUCGUGGCGGUGGAGGUUUCCGUCACAAUAAUUACAACAACAACAACAAUAACCAUCAUCAUCACUACAACAAUUUGCCGAGAAUCAAUGAGACGCAAGUUCCUCAGUCGAAGCACACGAUUUUUAUUCGAGGACUUCAUGGUGAUAUUUCGACGGAAGAGAUCAAUCGGAAAAGAGAGUUCUAUCCUACUAUGUGUUGAUUAUUACCUACAGGGAGAUUAUUUUCCCACACACACACACACACACACACCCAACAUUAAUUCUAAUUCAUUCUAAAAUAAUUUGAUGAUGUCGCGCUGUGGGAUACGGUCUUUUCUUUUGCAACGAAUUUUGCAACAAAUGAUUUACAAUUACAAUUACAAGUCUCUAAAAUUUUCCACCAGUUUUCACAUUGUGAGUGUAUUACAUAUCAAUAUAUAUAUUCGAGUGUGUGACACCCCCCACCCAUCUCUUUCUCUUUUUCCCCCGUCUCUUUUUUCUCAAAUGGAAUAUAUUUCUCAUGCUUUUGAAUUAACACCAAAUGCACGAGCUAUUCUAUAUUCAACAUACCUAAUUCAUUUUCAGACUCCAAAAAAGUUGUGGCCCCCCACGAAAUUGUGAAAUUCUCCCACACUGCCCUUUUAAUUAUAUGCCUGUUUUAGGGAAUAUAUUGGCGAAAAAGUUGGAAAAAUCUCGUUCGAUUUCGUGAAAGUGGCUCAAGAUAAGAGCAAGAUAUUCGUGGCUGUUCGAUUUGAGAAUCGUGAUGAGGCUAAGGAGUUUAUGGAGACAUAUUCGGAUCGUGAAUUCAUGGGAUGCCGUUGUGAUCUCUCUUGGUUCCGUGAUAUACGUCGUUAUUGUGCCUAUCAGCGUGCCAAGCAGGUUCGAAGCAACAGUCAACGCCGCCGUCGUCGUUCUGAUUCACAAGAGUCUUCGAAGAGAUCUGCGUCGCCACCAGUGAGAAGAGGACGAUCGAAGAGCCGAUCUAGAAGCAGAAGUCCGUCGAGAAGCCGAUCGAGAAGCCGCUCAAGAAGUGUGUCUAGAUCAAAGUCGCCGGCAUCUAGAAAUGGAAGAGUCUCUCGGCAUCGUAGUAGAAGUCAGAAUCGAUCGAGAAGCCGAUCGAAUACCAGAAGCCGGUCUCGUAGCUCGGGAAGAUCGGGCAGUGCUCACUCGAGAAAAUCGGAUGAUGUUGAUUCGUUCGACGAUGAAUCGUUUGAUGAGAAGUCUCGAGUCAAAGAUAAUGAAGCACGACAGAAGAGACGUAGAGAGUUGUCAGAUGAUGAUCGGAAAGAUGUACGAGAAACUCAACCAAAGAAGAGUGUGAAGGAAGAGCUUCCUCAAAUCCCACUUCCACCGAAAACUGAAGCAGCAGCAUCGCCAUCUCCAGCUCCACCAACUCCAAAAGCUUCAAAAUCUGCAUCGUUCAUUCCACCACCGACGGCAGAUGAUAUGGAAUUGGAAAGUCCUCCACAUGUUUCCAAUAAUCAAUAUGAGUACCAGCAAUCCAACAACACAUAUAAUCAAAUCAGAACUGGUGCAAGUCCAGUUUCAGUAUCCUAUUCAGUGCCAAUGGAAGUUGAAGCAACUCCGAAGAUGAUUGUUAGAGAGAGUAAGAGGAGUCACUAAAGGAAUUUCUCAAAAAAAGGGCUAUUUCUUAACUCAAAUCUGAAAUUUCGCCGAUUUUCAAGAGUCACAACGGCCGGAAAUAGAUUUUUAUCUGUAAAAUAAAACAAUAAUCGAACAAAAAAAUGAAUUUAUAACCGCUGCGACCAGGGAAAAUUGCCGAAAAUUCAGGGUUUAGUUAAAAUUGGCCCAUUUUUUCGAAAUUUUUGGAACCGCCAUAAAAGCUUUUCUUGAAAUUUUUCGAUAUCUAUUUAGUGUCAAUUUUUGAAUUUUCAGCCCCACAACCUGCUCAACCGCCAGUUCAAGUCAAUUCUUAUUAUACCACUACACCUAUUCAGCAACAACAGCAACAACAGCAACCAAUACCACCACAACUCCCUACAGCGUAAGUUCAUUACCCAGACGCCAAAUUUUUUGAGAGUUUUGCUCCAAAAAUACGGUUCGUGGUCUCCAAGCGACAGUUUUUUUUUUUGAUAAAUACAAACAGGUAUGCGCCUUUAAAGUGUACUGAAAUAUUUGUCGAUUUUUUGUUGAAAAUCAUUUUUUAUUUUAACAAAUCGUGAGAAAAACAAUUGAAAGCACUGCUAGGAAAUUUAGAAGCUACAGUACUCUUUAAAGGUGCGCACCUGUUUGUAAGUAUUUAACAAAAAUUUUUCGUGUCGAGACCCGGUACCAUAUUCCCCGCGGGGCAAAUUUUCACGUUUGUGUAAUCCGUUUUAGUCCACCACAACCACCACCGACCACGCCCCAACCUGCGUUUGUGCCCCGUCAAAUUGGCAGAAUCGAAAUAGUUAUGCCUUCUUCUCUGCCGGCUCCAGUGGUUUCAGCUGCUGCUGCUUCUGCUUCUGCCGCUGCUCACCCAGUUGCUAUGAAUGGGUCUGCUAUCAGUGGUGGUUCAAGUAUGCCCGACAUUACAAUGCACCCCAACACGAAUAAGUAUGAAUUUCGAAAUUCCCUGAAAAACUAAUAUUUAUUCUCUAAUUUUUAAUAUUUCCCUCAAAAAAUCAAUGUUUUCCAGACUCUUUGGUCAUCUCAAAGCCUUCCAAUCUGCUCUCCUCUCCACUGUCAAGUAUGAGCCGCCAGCGAGAAAGGAAGAAGACGAAGCUGGAUUCUCUACUCUCCGUCUCUCAUCACUAGCCACUGAAGAUGACUCGGCGGACGAGGAGAAGGCGAUGGUGAGGGAGUUGAAGCUUGCGAAGCUCAACGAUGAGCAAAUGAUGCGUUUCCAUAUUAAGAAGAAGCAACUCGAAUCGGUAAGUUUUCAAGUUACUCAUUGACUAAUUUGAGUCAAAUUUUCUAUUUUUCAGGCUUUUCGCAACGAUUGUGAAACAUAUGCGGUCGUCACACGUGCUCUUCUCGCUAAAGACGAGUCUCUACAAUUCGGACUGAAAAUGGCAUUGCUCGAGAAUAUGGAGGAUUUGUACAAAAAGAUGAUGCAACGUGUCGAUGAUCAGCUCGAUGCUCUGCUUGUGAUGGCUUAAACUGGGAUUUUUUCUUUAAUCAAUUAUGUAAAAACAUAUAUGCUUAUUCUUCUCCAAUUUUCAAAUGGAAAUGAUCUCCCUUCAUCAAAUGUAAUCCCAUCCUAUCCAAACUUUCUGAUCGUGAUAAUAAUUGUAUUUCUGUAAUGAAGUACUUCAAA